GACAUUUCAACAGUCCUCACGUCUUCACGAUAAGAUACAAAUUAUUUUCCUAAAGUUGAAUGGUAUCAUAACGAAAACGAAACAUUUAUUUAUUUUGUAUUUAUUAAUAAAGUGAAUUAAUUAAAAUGUUUUUGGGAUUGCAAUUAACAAACCAAAUAGUCAAGAGAAUUCCAUUAUGUAGCCGACAUAAUAUUCUCACCUACAAAUCAAUCUCUCGGAAUUUCACAAUAUCACCCAAACAGAGUAGGCCCACUUUCUUACAGUGCAGUAAUUCAUUAAAACUAUCCCAAAUCCAAAAGAACAACAAUCUCGCACAUCAUAUAAGGAACUUCGCCCACAAUAACACAGUAGAAAAGGGAAAUAAAUUGGUUGGAUCAUGGCUCCUAGGAUGCAGUGCGAUGGUGUUCGGAGCGGUGAUACUAGGUGGUGUAACUCGCCUGACCGAAUCUGGUUUGUCAAUGGUAACGUGGAAACUGCUGGGAGAAGAAAGACCCCGAACGGCAAGUGAAUGGGAGGAAGAGUUUAAACGAUACCAACAAUUCCCUGAGUUUAAAAUGAAGAAUCAGAACAUGACACUGGAAGAAUUCAAAUUCAUAUACUUUAUGGAGUAUACUCAUCGCAUGUGGGGUCGAGCCAUUGGUGGCUUCUUCGCCUUGCCAGCCAUCUACUUCUGGACCAAAGGAUACUUUUCCAAAACUAUGAAAAUGCGAGUUCUGCUGUUUGGUGCAUUAAUAGGAGCACAAGGUCUGAUGGGUUGGUAUAUGGUAAAAUCCGGAUUGGAAGAUCGCUUUCAAGAUGUCAACGAUGUACCAAGAGUGUCCCAGUACCGACUAGCUUCGCAUUUAUCGUUUGCUUUUAUACUGUACACACUAUUUUUACAUUCGUCUUUGUCUCAUUUAGUCCCCGCCGAACGUUUGUCUGAAAUCACUCGAGGAGCUGUUAAAUUUCGAAAGUUGGCUCAUAUUACAAAAGGUAUGGUAUUCCUAACGGCAAUAUCUGGAGCAUUUGUAGCUGGUCUAGAUGCCGGUUUGGUUUAUAAUUCAUUUCCAAAGAUGGCCGAUCGUUGGAUACCAGACGACAUCCUAGCACUUUCGCCGAAACUAGUCAAUUUCACUGAAAAUCCAACAACAGUUCAGUUCGACCAUCGAAUGUUGGGAAUCACAACGUUAUCACUAAUUUCCGGACUUUGGUUAUUAUCACGAAGAAGAAGUCUACCAAAGCGAGCUUAUUGGGCUGCCAAUGCCAUAGCAGCAAUGGGUUGGACUCAAGUUGCUCUGGGUGUUACUACGUUGCUUACUUAUGUACCUGUACCAAUAGCUGCCGCACAUCAGUCGGGCUCACUUAUUUUGUUAUCAUUAGCUAUUUGGUUAUCCCAUGAAUUAAAAUUUGUUAAAUAUAUUCCAAAGUAGAUUAUAAUAAAUUGCUAAACCGAUA